AUGCAACUUCGCCCACCUUCAGCUGGCUGCACAACUCGUCCAACUUCCGCAAGACCGGGAACGACAAGACCGGGAGCCAUCCGAGGUGGCCCAAUGAGAACCUCUUCCCGCCAUUAUCCUCCACCAGAACCACCAUACAGUCUUUGUCAGCGAUGCCAGCGACACCGGCGAUGCCAGCGACACCAGCGACGCCGGCGCCGCCGGCGCCAUUGCCAUUCCACCAGGCAAGUAAUCGAAAGCAAUGAUUUUACCGUGGGAUGGAUAUGUGCCCUACCCAUUGAAUUCGCAGCGUCCGUGGCGAUGUUAGAUGAAACAUAUCCAGUUCCUCCACUGGACAGAAAUGAUUCAAAUACGUAUGCCCUCGGGCGGAUUAGAGAGCAUAAGGUCGUUUGCGCUUGUCUUCCAGCAGGAGCACAGGGCAUGCAUGCUGCUGCAACAGCAGCCAAUGAUUUGCAACGCAGCUUUCCGAACGUGCGGUUUCGGCUGCUGGUGGGGAUCGGAGGUGGAGCACCAGCCCCGCCGAGCAACGAUCCGCUCGAGGAUCUUCAUCUUGGAGAUGUCGUUGUUAGCUGCCCAGGAGUCAACCAUGGGGGAGUAGUCCAAUAUGACUUCGGCAAAACUAUCACAGAAGGCAACUUUAUCAAGACUCGGUCAAUCAACAGGCCGCCCGCGCAGAUAAUGUCCGCGGUUGCGAAACUCAAUGCUGAACACCUUGCAAGGGGGAAUUCAAUCUGCGAAUCUAUUUUCCAAAUGCUCGAAUCAAACCCUAGGAUGACACCCAAGUUCCAGUUUCCAGGCACCGCACAUGAUGUAUUAUUCGACGCAGACUACAAUCAUAAUAAAUCUGGAAAGAACUGUGAACAGUGCGAUACACGACGGUUACUUACACGCGGAUCUCGAGAGACGAGAGAACCUGUCGUUCAUUAUGGCCUCAUUGGCUCAGCAAAUAGGGUUAUGAGGGAUGGGAUCACGCGAGAGAGGCUCCGACAGGAACAUGGAAUUCUUUGUUUUGACAUGGAGGCUGCAGGAUUGGUGGACAAUUUCCCAUGCCUUGUUAUACGAGGGAUUUGUGAUUACUCUGACAGUCACAAAAACAAGCGCUGGCAGCCAUAUGCUGCCGCGGCUGCUGCCGCAUAUGCGAAAGAGCUUUUGAAUAUCGCACCUCCUGUUGUUUGA